CAUCUCUCUCCAUCUCUCUCUCUCUCUCUCUCUCUGUGAUGGCUUUGGACUGGAACUGCAGGAAUAUGCCGAGACUCCGGUGUCUGUCUCAUUGGAACCUGAUUUUGGAAUACAAGACCGGACUUAUGCUCUAUCUGUUGUGGAUAAGGACCGCUCACGGGAUGCCCCAUGUCAUCAGGAUCGGAGGGAUCUUUGAAUUAGUGGAAGGGGGGACGGUGGGAGCAGAGGAGCUGGCCUUCAAAUUUGCUGUGAACAACAUCAACAGGAACAGGACUCUGCUUCCCAACACGACCCUGACCUAUGACAUCCAGCGGAUAAAUAUCUACGACAGUUUUGAAGCCUCCAGAAAAGCCUGUGACCAGCUCUCCCUCGGAGUGGUUGCUAUAUUUGGACCUUCUCAUAGUUCUUCAUCCAACGCCGUACAAUCCAUCUGCAAUGCCCUGGAGGUCCCCCACAUUCAAAUAAGGUGGAAACAUCAUCCCAUGGACAACAGGGACUCCUUCUAUGCCAACUUCUACCCCAACUAUUCCUCCCUCAGCCAUGCUAUCUUGGAUCUCAUACAGUUUCUGAAAUGGAGGACUGCAACCGUUGUGUACGAUGACAGCACGGGUCUGAUACGUCUGCAGGAGCUGAUAACGGCUCCAUCCAGGUAUAACAUACGCCUCAAGAUCCGUCAGCUACCCUCCGACUCGAACGAUGCCCGUCCUCUCCUGAAGGAGAUGAAGCGAGGCAGGGAGUUCCGUGUUAUAUUUGAUUGUGGCUAUGCCAUGGCUGCGCAGAUACUUAAACAGGCCAUGGCAAUGGGGAUGAUGACGGAGUACUACCACUAUAUUUUCACCAGUCUGGAUCUCUUUGCCCUGGAUUUGGAUUCCUACCGGUACUGUGGUGUAAACAUGACUGGAUUCCGAAUUCUAAAUACGGAAAACCCAUACGUGGCUUCCGUAAUCGAGAAGUGGUCAAUGGAGCGACUCCAAGCUCCUCCGAGCCCGGCUUCCGGCUUACUGGAUGGAAUUAUGACGACAGAUGCUGCUCUGACAUAUGAUGCAGUUCAUAUUGUCUCAAUGUCCUAUCAGCGAGCUCCUCAGAUGACGGUAAACUCUCUGCAGUGCCACAGGCACAAGCCCUGGCGAUUUGGGAGCCGUUUCAUGGCCUUCAUUAAAGAGGCUCAAUGGGAAGGAUUAACAGGGCGAAUCACAUUUAACAGAAGCACUGGACUACGGACGGAUUUCGAUUUGGACGUCAUCAGCCUUAAGGAAGAAGGACUUGAGAAGGUUGGAACCUGGGAUGUGACCAACGGCCUGAACAUCACAGAGAUGUCCAGAGGGAGAGGAUCGAAUAUAACAGACUCAUUGACCAACCGGUCGCUGAUUGUGACGACAGCUCUGGAGGAACCGUAUGUCAUGUUUAAGAAGUCCGACAAGCCUCUGUCUGGUAAUGACCGAUUUGAAGGGUUCUGCAUUGAUUUGCUCAAGGAACUCGCCAACAUCCUAGGAUUUUCCUAUGAGAUUCGACUGAUACAGGAUGGAAAAUAUGGGACUCAGGACGAGAAGGGACAGUGGAAUGGAAUGGUCAAAGAACUCAUUGAUCACAAAGCUGACCUCGCCGUUGCUCCAUUCACCAUCACGUACGCCCGGGAGAAGGUCAUCGACUUCUCUAAACCAUUCAUGACCUUUGGCAUCAGCAUUUUGUAUCGAAAGUCAAACGGGACGAACGCUGGAGUCUUCUCGUUCCUCAACCCGCUGUCUCCAGAUAUCUGGAUGUACAUCCUAUUGGCGUACCUUGGUGUCAGCUGUGUGCUGUUUGUCAUAGCCAGGUUCAGCCCCUACGAAUGGUACGAUGCUCAUCCCUGUAAUCCUGGCUCUGAUGUGGUGGAAAACAACUUCACCCUAUUGAACAGCUUUUGGUUUGGAGUCGGCGCUCUGAUGCAACAAGGUUCCGAGUUGAUGCCGAAGGCUCUUUCUACCCGGAUUAUAGGCAGUAUAUGGUGGUUUUUCACCCUGAUUAUCAUAUCGUCCUAUACUGCUAACCUGGCAGCCUUCCUAACAAUAGAACGCAUGGAAUCCCCAAUCAACUCAGCCGAUGACCUGGCAAAACAAACCAAAAUAGAGUAUGGGACGGUCAAAGAUGGGGCGACCAUGGCUUUCUUCAAGAAAUCCAAAAUUUCCACCUUCGAGAAGAUGUGGGCCUUCAUGAGUAGCAGACACCAAUCAGCGUUGGUGAAGAGCAUCGAGGAGGGCAUCCAGCGGGUUCUGACCGCGGAUUACGCUCUCCUGAUGGAAUCCACCACCCUCGAAUACACCACCCAAAGGAACUGCAACCUCACCCAGAUCGGGGGCCUGAUAGAUUCCAAAGGCUUCGGGAUUGGGACCCCUCUCGGCUCUCCGUACAAAGAAAAGAUAACCAUUGCCUUACUGGAGCUUCAGGAAGAUGGCAAGUUGCACAUGAUAAAGGAGAAAUGGUGGCGUGGGAGUGGGUGCCCAGAGGAGGACAGUAAGGAGGCCAGUGCCUUGAGCAUCCAGAACAUCGGGGGCAUCUUCAUUGUGCUGGCAGCUGGCCUGGUACUCUCGGUCUUUGUGGCCAUAGGAGAAUUUGUUUACAAGCUCCGGAAAACCGCGGAACAGGAGCAGAGAUCCCUGUGUAGCACCAUGGCUGAGGAGCUGCGGUUGUCCCUCACGUGCCAGCGACGGGUUAAGCACAAGCCUCAGGCCCCUGUUAUGGUCAAGACUGAAGCCGUGAUCAACAUGCACACAUUCAACGACCGACGGCUUCCGGGCAAAGACAGCAUGAGCUGCAACACUGGGCUGACCCCGGUGUUCCCCUAGGAGACCCACGACCUGCGCUGGGAGCAGAAUGGGCGCGCACUAGCACUGGACAGAACGA